UAUUGGCUCUGUGAAGAAGGACCACGGUUACCUGGACGAGGACUCUUUGGGGGCCCUGUGCAGGAGGCUGAUGACCUUGAACAAUUGUGCCUCGAUGAAACUGGAGGUUCAUUUUCAAUGCAAGCAGAAUGAAGACUCAGAGGAGGAAGAGCAGUGCACCAUCAGCAAUCACUGCUUCCAGCAACAAAACAAGUGCUGGUCUCACGUGGGUUCCUCUGAUCUGCUGGCCCCACUGAGCCCUAGCCUUCCAGUGACCUCCAGCUGUGAGAGUGUCCUCACUGAGCUUAGUGUUACCUCCCUGCCAGCCAUUGCCGUGAGCUUACCAGCCCCUAAGCCAGCAGACCUGCCUUUCUUAGGCUGUACCCCUGGCCCAAGUGAACGGCCCCUCCUCAGCCCCACCCGGGGCCAAAAGGGUCUCCAGUCCAAGGCCAAGAAGCACCGUUCACGUAGCUUCCUCAAGCACCUUGAGUCUUUGAGGAGGAAGGAGAAGGGUGGCGGUCGACCUGCAGAGCCCGAGCGUAAGGCAGCCACCUUGGAGAAGACCACCAAAGCCUCUACUUCCUGUAGUCGCCGUGGCUUCCUCUCAGCUGGAUUCUACAGGGCCAAGAAGACAGUUACUUCAGCCAGUGGUGGUGGUACUGAGGCUCAGAGGGCCUGGGAGGCCUGGCCUGCCACAUUCUGGCACCCUCAGCUGACACACAGGGGUGACUACUUGGUGCACGUGCCCAGGGACCACAAACCAGGCACAUUCCCUCGCUCCCUCUCCAUUGAGAGCCUGUGUCCUGACCAUGAACACCGCCUGGCAGAUUGGCAGCCAGGUAGGCGCUGGGGCUACGAGGGACGCCGUGGCUCCUGUGGUUCCACAGGCAGCCACGCCAGCACCUAUGACAACUUGCCUGAGCUGUACCCAGUGGAGCCUGUACUGGCCGGGGCUGAGGCUGAAGAUGAAGAGGAGGGUGAAGGCAGCUAUGCCCACCUGGACGACAUCCUUCAGCAUGUAUGGGGCCUGCAACAACGGGUAGAGCUGUCUCAGGCCAUGUACCCAGCUGGGCCAGGAGAGAAGGAAGAGGAAGAAGAUGAGGAAGAAGAGGAAGAAGCUACUUUAUCAGUAGAAAUAGCAACAGCUGAGGAUGAAGACCAGGCCGAACCUCUGGGCCAGGUAGAGGCUGUGGCGCAAAGACAGUCCCUGUCCUGCCAGGCUGAUGUGCAACCGGUAGUCCCAUCUCAGACUCCAGCUGAGGCUGCAUUCCCAGCACAGGCAGAGGCUGAAUCCCCCAGUCCAGCCCAGGAUGAUGAGCAGGAGGUGAAUUCAGGAGGAGAACCCACUUCUGUGGAAGAAGGACACUCCAUUUCUUACACUGGGGCCUCCUCGGGUGAACUGGAUAACAGUGGGAGCUUCAUGAACGAGGGUGAGGCCGCAGGGCCCCCAGCUGGACUCCAGGCAGCAGCCCCGGGAACGGCGAGAUUCAGGCGUUGGGCCUCGCUUACCAGACCUUGCAGGAAACUCCGCUGGCACAGCUUCCAGAACUCCCACCGGCCCAGCCUCAACUCUGAGUCUCUGGAGAUCAACCGACAAUUUGCGGGCCAGAUCCACCUUCUGCACAAGGGCUCGCUGCUGCGGCUCACCGCCUUCAUGGAGAAGUACACGGUGCCCCACAAACAGGGCUGGGUCUGGUCAGUGCCCAAGUUCAUGAAGAGGAAUAAGACCCCAGACUACAGAGACCAGCAUGUGUUUGGGGUGCCACCCCUCAUCCAUGUGCAGCGCACAGGCCAGCCACUACCACAAAGCAUCCAGCAAGCUAUGCGCUACUUGCGUAGCCAGUGCCUGGACCAGGUGGGCAUCUUCCGGAAGUCUGGAGUGAAGUCCAGGAUCCAGAACCUGCGCCAGAUGAAUGAGACUUCCCCCGACCAUGUCUGUUAUGAAGGCCAGUCGGCCUAUGAUGUGGCUGACCUGCUGAAGCAGUAUUUCCGGGACCUGCCCGAGCCUAUCUUCACCAGCAAGCUCACCACCACCUUCCUGCAGAUCUACCAGCUCCUGCCCAAGGAUCAAUGGUUGGCAGCAGCUCAAGCCGCUACCCUGCUACUCCCUGAUGAGAACCGAGAGGUGCUACAGACCCUGCUCUAUUUCCUAAGUGACAUUGCCUCUGCUGAGGAAAACCAGAUGACAGCUGGCAACCUGGCAGUGUGCCUGGCCCCCUCCAUCUUCCACCUCAAUGUCUCCAAGAAGGAUAGCCCCUCACCCAGAAUCAAGAGCAAACGCAUCUUAGUUGGCAGGCCAGGCCCUCGGGACUUGAGUGAAAACAUGGCGGCUACCCAGGGCCUAUCACACAUGAUCAGUGACUGCAAGAAACUUUUCCAGGUGCCCCAGGACAUGGUGCUACAGUUGUGUGGCUCCUACAGUGCCGCUGAACUCAGCCCUCCUGGCCCCGCCCUGGCUGAACUGCGGCAGGCCCAGGCAACUGGAGUGAGCCUGAACCUCUACAUGGAGGAGAGCGUCCAGGAGCUGCUGCGCGAUGCUGCCGAGCGCUUCAAGGGCUGGAUGAGUGUGCCGGGACCCCAACACACAGAGCUGGCUUGCAGGAAGGCAGCAGAUGGCCACCCCUUACGUGUGUGGAAAGCGUCCACAGAAGUAGCAGCCCCUCCGGCUGUGGUGCUGCACCGCAUUCUGCGGGAGCGGGCCCUCUGGGAUGAAGACCUGCUGCGGGCCCAGGUGCUGGAAGCCUUGAUGCCUGGUGUGGAGCUGUACCACUACGUCACUGACAGCAUGGCGCCCCAUCCCUGCCGUGACUUCGUGGUGCUCCGGAUGUGGCGCUCUGACCUGCCUCGUGGGGGUUGCCUGCUGGUUUCCCAGUCCCUGGAUCCUGAGCAACCUGUGCCAGAGUCAGGGGUCCGGGCCCUGAUGCUCACUUCCCAGUACCUCAUGGAGCCCUGUGGCCUGGGCCGCUCCCGGCUCACUCACAUCUGCCGCGCUGACCUAAGGGGCCGUUCUCCUGACUGGUACAACAAAGUCUUUGGGCACCUGUGUGCCAUAGAAGUGGCAAAGAUCCGGGACUCCUUCCCCAUCCUUCAGACAGCUGGCCCUGAGACAAAGUUGUGAGCUUCAGCCUGAACCCAGGA